UUAACGCCCACGAUCGUCCCAACGGGGCACAGCAUUUACAACCGAACAUUUUUCAACCGCCGAAUCCACCGCCGCGCAUGAGCAUCCACCCGCAGAGCUCUUCGACUUCCAAGAGAUCGCACCUGCAUGGGCUGCAUCAUCAUCCGCAUAGACACCACCACCAUCAUUCGCGCCAUGGGAAGGACACAGUGCAGUCUGCGAUACAGUUACAUCCACCAACAAGUUUUGGCGAUCUCUUAAAGCAGGCUAGUCGGACUUCACAUCAUUCGCUCGCCCAAAGCGUCCCGGAGAGUAGGCGGGUGAGCGUACUGAGAGCUGAUGCGAAACCCCGUCCCCAUCCUCUGAAGCCAGUUCCACCGGAGGAUGUCGCUAGAGAGCGUGCGAGAGUCAAGGCUCGAGAAAACGAACUUAGUUCCUCCCUCCAGACAUUGUCCGACCAGUCUUUGAAGGCAUCUCGCCAGCUUGACGAUACAUAUUAUUCGGUUUUAGAGAAAGUCGCUAUCUUGAGGCAAACGAUAGGCAGCCUCCAGGAGCUUUCGGGUCUGACCAAGGAGCUUCACGAGAACUUCCAAGCGGACACAAAGGAGCUUACAGAGGAAGUCAAAGUCCAGUUCGAUGGCUUUAAUAACUUUGGGACCCAGCAGGGCCAUGUGGAGGCUUUGGAAGAACGCAUCAGGGCGGGCAAAGGCAAGGCGUCUGCUCUUCAUGAGAGGCUUGUAGAAGCACGGAGUCGCGUUGACGCCAGGGCUAAGCUGGAGGCAAAAUGGGAAGCUAGGACCACCAGGCGUCUUCGUAUCCUGUGGGGCAUUUUUGGUACCCUCAUUGGUCUCGUUGUUAUUGCAAUGCUCGUCCAACAACUGAAACCGGUUCAUUCCGCAAUAGAUUCUAAGAAAGCGCUAGAUUUUGGGUCGAGAAGCAACCACAUUGAUGCUCCAAUCCCUGAGUCUGCCAAAGAAGCGCUCAUCAACUCCUCGCCGACUGGAAGUAAAUGCCAGUCAAGCGCAUCAUUGUCCAAGACUAUCUUAGUCCCGGAAGCGGACCCUGGGCUGCGCACGUUUGAUGAACUAUGAGCAACUAUGCAGUAGAACCGGUGUAGCCUGUGUUUUAGAGGGCUUCAAAGCCAAGGCGUUUAAUUGAAAAUAGGGAAGAAAGCCAAUGCCCUCAUAUAGUUACUCCCGACGUCAAGGCUUAUUUUUUCCCAUCGCAAAUGAAUCUUCAUGACCGAUGCCUUAUCCUAGAUCGAAAUGAGAGCAUAAUAGCAGUCUAGGAUACAUUGAAAAAUGAUCUCUCUUUGCAGACCCGCCACCGAAAGCAGUUUGGGCCAUUUCAUUAAUCCCUCUUGAUGAUAGUACUAAAAUCCCAAUUAUUGAGAUACCCGCAGCUAGCCUGUAAUACUGUUCAGUCACAGGCUGUGCGGCUAUUCACUGAGACUUACGCUCAAGUAUGUGGCAAAGCCGAGCCACGAAAGAUAUGGAGCGAGAAGCCAUCCGCAGACUGGGUCAACUUGGCCCCAAGUGUAUGCAAGGUACCCUGUGAUUCC